CGUCGGCGAAGAGCGUGUCCUCGAAGUCGACGUCGAGUACGCUAUCGAAACUGGAACUCAUCAACAAUUCCAUCAAUUCAUCCGAAACUAUGUCUACGGCUGACUCCGAGAGGGAGUCAUCUGUGAUGUCAGACGCCCGCCGAUCGCCUAAAAAGGCCGCUAAGGAUCAGAUGUUCACCAGAAGUAACUGUUUGGGUGGCAAUCAAUGCGAGGCCGGUUGUGAAGUGCAUAAGAAGAUGAGAAGGAGAGGAGGCAACAGAUCCGCGGGUAUUGUGAUACCCAAUUCAGGUCAAGGACUUGAGCCAGAAAUCGAAUUCAGUGAUGACGACGAAUAUGCAUUGCAUAACAGAUUAAAUCAUCAAAUACUCGGCGAUUAUCAACACAAUGGCUACAGAAUUACCGCAAACAACGGUAGAAAUACCAGAAGACAGCUCUACAGCGAAGACGAUGACUACGACGACGAAGAAGAGGAUGAGAUAACAGUUUACCUCAAAACUGAUAGAUUCUGUGACACCACCUGUGCUGAAACGAGUCCACAA